AUGCAAUAUAAUAAUAAUCCAGUGGAUGCACAUGUUGUUGCUGUAGAGUUGGGUCAAGUAAAUAUAGAAGAUCCACCCACAAUUUUCGAUGGUCAACCUGGUAUAGUCCGAAUAUUAAAUACUACCAGACAACCUAUCAUAGCUUUGUUGAGGGAUCAGAAAACAUAUGACCCAAAAGUACCACUUCAUUUAUCGUCUCAAAGCUCCACUUUUAGUCCGGUGGUCGGCCCUGAUUUUCUAGCUAUCCGUAAAGACUUUCAGCCAGUGAACAGUGAUGCCGGCGUUUAUGUAUUUGCUUUCGUGCCCUUAGAUGAUGGAUAUCUAUGUGUGGUCAAAAAUCGCUAUAUCGAGAGAGGAAAAGCAUUAAGAGUUAAAGUAUCACACAUAAGAGAAUCUGUGAGAUUCGAUAAAAAAUUAUUUAGCUCUGAUUUCACCGAGAUUGAUAGAAGCCCAAAUCUUAACCUCAAUGUUCUCUUGGAUUAA